AUGAUGAAUAACAUCUCUGUAACUGCAGUGUUUUUUCUUUCAGGUUUGAAUGAAACAAGACACCACAGAUCAGCUCUCUUCUUCCUCAGUUUGUUGUGUUACUGCAUAAUUAUCCUGGUAAAUUUGUCUCUUAUUCUGAUCAUCAUUUAUGUUAACAGCCUCCAUGAACCAAUGUACAUUAUGUUGUGUGCUUUUUGCAUGAAUGGACUUUAUGGAACAGCAGGUUUCUAUCCCAAAUUUCUGUGGGAUCUGCUCUCUCCUGUUCAUAUUAUCUCUUACUCUGGAUGUCUCUUUCAGGCUCAGGUGAUUUACUCUUUUGCCAGCAAUGAUCUGUCAAUCCUUGCAGUCAUGGCAUAUGACAGGUAUCUGGCUAUUUGUCGCCCUCUGGAGUACAACUCUGUCAUGUCAAAUCAAAAGGCUGUUAAGUUACUGUGUUUCUCUUGGUUAAUAUCUUUCUGCAUUGUAGGAAUAAAUAUUUUUCUGACGUUUAGACUGAAGCUGUGCAGCCCAUUUCUUUCCAGACUCUUCUGUGUGAACUGGAGUAUUGUGGCACUUGCCUGUUUUCCAGCUGAAACUGCUGUUAACAACAUAGUUGCAUUUAUUUCAAUGAUCAUUUAUGUGUUUCAUGCUUUAUUUAUAAUUUGGUCUUACAUGCAUCUCAUUAAAACAUGUGCUAGUUCUUUAGAAAAGAGGGCAAAGUUCAUGCAAACAUGUGUACCACAUUUAGUCUCUUUACUUACUUUUAUAGUGACAAUGCUUUUUGAUGUUUUGAGUAUGCGGUUUAUUUCUUCAGAUUUACUUAAAACCUUUCAAAAUUUUGUGGCAAUAGAAUUUCUUGUCAUACCUCCCAUAAUGAAUCCUCUCAUGUAUGGUUUCAAAUUGACCAAAAUUCGGAUGAAAAUCAUUAGUUUGGCCACCUGUAAAACUAAGUAA